ACAGCAAUACGAUGUAUCAUUGUUCGUUUCUAUUUUUCGGAGUAGCUGCGCCAUACGAAAAUUAAAAACAAAGACAGUGUUGCAAUUGCAUUGAAUGGCUGGUAAUGUCGACGAAGCUGGCAAUGUCUGGUGAAAGGAGGCCGACUGAGGAGCUGAAAUGAAAAUAUUCUUGAUAAUUUUGCUUUGUUGAUAACAUUGUUAUUCCAAACAAUUAAACUGUGUAAAUUGUUUAACAAAUAAUAAGUUCUUCUUCAUAAAAAAUUAUUGAUAUCAUGUUUUCCCUAAGUUCACAAAAAAAAUAUUGGAUAUUCAAUAACGAGCAACAUCUAAAUGAAUUGAGAAAGAAGCAGAAUGAGAAAUUUCAGGAGACGCACGGAGAGGUAGAGGAUAACAGACUGGAUUAUUUUCUUGACUCUUCUGAGGAACGUUUACUACUAAAACAGUAUGAAAUUUAUUUAAAUGAUUUUUGUCGACGUUUUGAACCCAUAAUGCCGAAGUGCGUUGUAGGAACUUCGUUUCAGUACUUCAAACGUUUCUAUUUACACAAUUCACCGAUGGACUUUCAUCCGAAGGAGAUAUUAGCUACAUGUGUUUAUUUAGCGUGUAAAGUGGAGGAAUUUAAUGUCUCGAUAGGUCAGUUCGUUAAUAAUAUCAAAGGAGAUCGCAAUAAGGCUAUGGAUAUAAUAUUAUCUAAUGAACUGUUGUUAAUGCAACAUCUUAACUAUUAUUUAACUGUACAUAAUCCUUACCGCCCAAUAGAGGGGUUUCUAAUAGACAUUAAGACACGAAGUUCUUUAACAAAUGCGGAGCGUCUACGGCAACAUAUUGAUGAUUUUAUAGAAAAAAGUUUUUUUACCGACGCCUGCCUACUUUAUGCUCCGUCGCAAAUUGCUCUGGCCGCAGUAUUACAUGCAGCUAGUCGUGAACAAGAAAAUCUGGAUAGUUACGUUACCGAUAUACUUUUCAAUGGGGCGAGAGAAAAAUUACCUCUCUUGGUAGAAGCCAUACGCAAAAUACGAUUAAUGGUUAAACAGUAUGAAAUACCAGCACGCGAUAAAGUGAAAGCAAUUGAAAAGAAAUUGGAGAAAUGCCGCAACCAAGAGAAUAAUCCCGAUAGCGAAAUUUACAAAGAACGUAUGCGUAAAAUGUUUUGCGAUGACGAUUUGGAAAUCGAUCUGCAAGCCAACUCUACCAACUCUGUCGCUGACGUGUCAGUUCUAAAUAUGAGUCACUAAGAUUGCGAGCAUGGAUUUAUUUAUAUAAAUUUUGUUAGAACUUGUUAUGGUCGUUGAUUGUUAAGAUUUCAAAAGUUUGGUAACUGCCCACUUAAGUGUUUUUUUUUCUUUUUUACAGUUAUAAUAGCUUAAGAUAUAAGAAAGUAAAGUAAUAAACUCUAAAUGUAUAAUUUGUUUAAA